CGGCUCAACUCGACUACGAUUUACAACGAGACCUGAGUAUUUUGAGAGCGAGAGCCUCCCGGUGACGAAAUAGUGUGCGAAUCGAGGAGUCUGACAGAGACGAGGAGAUUGUCGAUCGAGCAGGCAGCAAGCAGAGUCGGCAUCCCCCACCCACCGAAAGCACUAUAUCUCGUUUAUCUCUGAUUUGAUUUCACACUUUUUAGAGCUACGAUAAAAAAUAAAAUGGGCAAGAAUUUCGACGAGGCCGCUUUGCUCAAAUCUCUUGAAGGUGUUCCUGAUGCGGAAAAAGUUCAGAAACUAAUUAAAAAACUUGCCGAAUCUGAAAAACAAAAUGCUGAAUUGAAAAUAAAAGUUUUGGAUUACGACAAGGUUGUGAAGGUCAAGGACUUGACAGAGAAGAAACUGGAAAGAAAUAAUCAGAUCCUUCUCCGUACCGAAGAAGCCAAGAGCAAAUUGGAAGAGUUAUGCAGAGGACUUCAAAAGGCGAAUCAUCAAACCCGCGAGGAAGCAUGUGCCAAAAUGAAGAAGUUGGAAGUGGAAAGAGGAUUAGCUGUUGAGCAACUGAAAGUGACUCUUAAAGAUAUUGAGAAGACAAUGGCUGAAGGAAGAAGCAAAUCGGAUUCAUUAGCCGAAGAUAAUAAGAAGCUGAGCGAGAAAUUCUCUGAAAUUGGACAUCAAUACGAAGAAAAGAUGAAAGUAAUUGAUCAACAGAUCCAGAAGAAGGAGAAAUAUUGGGAAGAGUAUGGAAAGACCAAGGAUUUGGAGAUUAAGCUGCUUACAGCAAAGCUUGAAUCUGCAUCGAUUCAAGUUAAGAAAUCAGGAAUGGAAAAAGAUGAAUUGGCGAAGAUUAUGUUGGAAGAAACAGCUCGUGUUGGUGGAGCAUUGAAGACUGAAAAAGCACUUCGUGAGCAAGUUCAAGAGUAUUCUGCAAAAUAUUCUGAAUUGACAAGUUGCUUGUCGAAAAGUAAUGAAGCAUUUGAUAAGUUCAAAGAUGAAAUUUCAAGAGUCAAUAAGAAGUGUAUGCAAGUAGAGAAAGAGGGCCUUUCUUACAAAAAGAAGUCUGAUGAGGCUAAUAAAAAAGUGCUUGUGUUGACUAUGACAAAUCAAGAAUAUGCCGAGAAGAUCGCCACAUCGGACAAGAAAAUUCAAAUGCUUGAGAACCUGUGUCGCGCUCUCCGAAAAGGCGAACAGGAGCCGGUGACCACUGCCGAAACAACCGAGGCAAACUGAGAAUAUAUUACUGUUCCCUCAUUAAUACGCCGAAUUCUUCUGGUCCCGGAUCUCGUGUAUAUAUAUAUCAAACUAACAGUGACAAAUAAUAAUACUAGUAUACCUGUUUUCAUAAUUUUGUUGUUUUCUAAAAUCUCACAGCUUUUCUCCAAAUGUUUUGACUGACCAUUUUUCGUCUCCUUCCAUUACAUCCCAAUCCCCAACCACAAGGAAACGUAAUUUAUUUCAUCUUUUUUAUAAAUAUUCUCGUUG